AAUUCCUCGUGUGCGUGUGUAGCUAGAACAUUUUAUUAAUUUUCUGAUUCAUUUUAUGUAAGAAAAUAUUAAUCAAUUGUAGAUAACGUUUUGGUAACUUAUUGUCAAGAGCCUGGACUUUGUUACAGCGUUAACUGAAGAAACCUAUUCCACCCAAAAAUUACACAGUUUGCCUAAAUAGAGAUCUGCGUCUAUCGCAAUAUGGCCGUCCUGUAAUGAUUCGCUGGUCAAUGAUUAUUGUUGUGAUUUCAUCUCUUCUGUUAUAAGAAAAUGGAGCUUCGUGUUGGUAAUAAAUACCGACUAGGUCGUAAAAUUGGAUCUGGAUCCUUUGGGGAUAUUUAUCUCGGAACUAAUAUUGUCACCAAAGAGGAGGUAGCUAUCAAACUAGAAUGCAUAAAAACAAGGCAUCCACAGUUACACAUAGAGAGCAAAUUUUAUAAGCUCAUGCAAGGAGGAGUUGGUAUCCCUGCAAUAAAAUGGUGUGGCUCGGAAGGAGAUUACAAUGUUAUGGUGAUGGAGCUCCUUGGUCCAUCUUUGGAAGACUUAUUUAAUUUCUGUUCACGCCGUUUCUCCCUCAAGACUGUGCUUAUCCUUGCUGACCAGCUCAUCACCCGCAUACAAGAUAUACAUUACAGGAAUUUCAUACAUAGAGAUAUCAAACCAGAUAAUUUUCUUAUGGGAUUAGGUAAAAAAGGAAAUUUAGUUUAUAUCAUAGACUUUGGGUUAGCAAAGAAGUACAAAGACCCUCGUACGUUGCAGCAUAUUCCAUAUAGAGAAAACAAAAAUUUAACAGGCACAGCCAGAUAUGCUUCAAUAAACACCCAUUUGGGCAUUGAGCAGUCUCGUCGUGAUGACUUGGAGUCUCUGGGAUAUGUGCUGAUGUACUUCAACCGGGGCAGCCUGCCAUGGCAGGGUCUCAAAGCUGCCACCAAGCGCCAGAAGUAUGAGAGAAUAUCUGAAAAGAAACUAUCAACACCUUUUGAUGAACUGUGUAAAAACCACCCGAUCGAGUUCCAGCUGUACCUCAAGUACUGCCGACGACUUCGCUUCGAGGAGAGGCCCGACUAUAGCCACCUACGACAGUUGUUUCGCACACUCUUCCAUCGACAAGGCUUUACAUAUGACUACAUGUUUGACUGGAAUAUGCUUAAAUUCGGGGGACCACGAGGCAACUACCAAGCAGGUGGAAAUGACCGCACGAUUAGACGUCACGAGCAGAACCAAGAGCAGGAAACCAAUGAUGAUGUGGCAGGCGCGGCCGGGCAGCCCAGCACGGCGGUGGCGGCCAUCUCGGAGUGGCGGUGAGGGAGCCCCGACCCGCACAGCUGAAACAUUUUGUAUGCAUUCAUGUUAUCGUUCAUAUUAUUGUAAAUUAUUUAACUUAGACUAAGGUUGCGAGUGGCUCGUGGACUGAAUGAAGUGGGCGUAUGACUUGUAUGAGUGUAGAUGUUUAUUAGGCCUAUCCGCGCAUCCGUUGUACUUUAUGCUCAGUUGUAUUUAGACUUAAGGCUAAAGUAAAACAUACUGAAGUUAACGAAAUAUCGGACCUCUCGUAUUUGACUACUGGAGUGUAAGUUUACUUUUUAAAAAUUAAAAUUGUGAUUUUAAUAGAAUGAUAGAAAGAGGAACUUACAUUUUUAAAUUUUCAUACUAUCGGUGUAGUGGACGCGUCUUUUAAUUUCUAAAUUAAUGGGACUUUUGCAAUUUUUAUAAAGCUUACCAGAAAGUGCAUUUUGCAUUUUUUGGUUUCACGCUUUAAUUUGUUGCUGGACCAUUUUCGUUUUUGAUAGCUGAUAAAGUUGUCAGUAUCGAAAUAUUUACAUUGAUUACCCAAAAUACUUUGUGCAAUAUCUCUGCCCUACUUUUUUUAUAAUUUAUAAAAUCCUAGUUUCGUCUUCCUGAUUUAUACACGAUCAUUAAAAAUAAAACGCCCAGCGUUUUAUCCUUCUUAAAGGUAAAAUAUAACAAUCAUUUAAUAAGGGUUACUUCAAAUUGCAUUAAAUUGCUCCUGACACUGCCAUAAUUUAAUGUAGGUAAGUUAUGCCUAUUCAAUCUGAUUAAAUAUUCAUCUUAAUCACGUGGCUUGAGAAACAAUCUUUCGGCAUAGAAAACUACACAGGAAAUGUCUAAUUAUCUUCAUCAUUUUGAUGGUUAUUUUUAGAUGUUUAGACAUUCCAUAGGACCGAUCAGUUGUAAUCCAAGUAUGAUCUCACAUAAUUUACCAAAAUUUUAUUCUUGUAGACAAAAGCUGUUUACGUUUUGAUUGGCUUAUAUUAUAAACAAAAUAGGUAUGAAUCUAAAACUCUUGAAGAUAUAACUGCUGUUUAUGUGUAUUAUAAUGUUACCUGUAUCUGUUCCAUCAUAAAGAAUCCUAUAAUAUGGUGUGACAAAGAAGAGUAGAAAAUAAAAAUUGGGGCGCUCCCAUGUAACAUCAAAUGUUUUUCGAGCAUUUACAAAGUUUUGCGCUUACAAAACUUACCAAUCACAAUCAGAAGUUUUGAAAAGCCACUUUCUACUCUUGUUGGCCACAUUAAAGUAGACGUUUUGACUUUGUGUUUUCACUGUCAUAACAAGAUGACUAUUUUUGUGGAUAUAAUAAUAUUUAUACCUUACUAUUGGGAGUUUGUAAAUAUUACUUAAGGAUUGUAUACAAAUGCAUUGAGUUGAUUUGAGGCAUUGGAACAAUUGCGUUUGCAUGUAUUUUUAAAUGGACCAUCUUUCUCUUUAAUAUGACUGAAUAUUAGGUUCAAUUUAAUGUAAAUAUGUUUAGAAUUGUGUUAAGGGUGGGUUGUUUUGAGAAAGUUGUAGGCUUUAGUGACUCAUAAAUCAUAGCUGUUUUAUUUUUCGUUAUGACACCCUGAUGGAACCAAAACAAUAUUUUACACCUUUAUUAUAAAAUUAUGAAUUAAA